AUGGUAGACACAGCACACAAAAACAAAACCAAGAAAAUUUACACUGGUGUACCUGUAAGAGAACUGAUCUUCAACAGACACCCCAAAGGCUACUCAGAGUGGACCUUUUAUAGAGUACAGACAGAUCUUAACCCUUCUCUCUCUCAGGAUUUCAGGUGUAUCAAUGGAGUCUCAGUGUCAACCAACAGCUUCACUCUGGACCUUUACAAAAAGCUGAACGAAAAUUCCAAAGGACAAAACAUUUUCUUUUCUCCUUGGAGUAUUGCAACUGCUCUUGCUAUGGUCCACCUGGGUGCAAAAGGUGACACCGCAGUCCAGACAGCUGAGGUUCUUCAUUUUAACCAGACUGCAAGAGAAGAAGGUUCAUCUGAGACAAGGCGUUCUCCAGGGAGACCAAAGAAAGAUGAUCCUGAGCAUGAGCGAGCUGAAAACAUCCACUCUGGCUUCAGAAAGCUCCUACCUGUCAACAACAAAAGGAGAAGCACCUACUUGCUGAAGAGUGCUAACCGGCUGUAUGAGGAAAAGACCUACCCAUUACUACCUAAGUUCUUACAGCUCAUUACAAGCUAUUACAAUGCCAAGUCACAAGCUGUAAACUUUAAGACAGCUGCAGAACAAGUCAGAGCACAGAUCAGUUCAUGGGUUGAAAAUAAAACUGAGAGGAAAAUACAGAGUCUGCUGCCUGCAGGAUCUCUCCAUUCUCGCACUGUGUUGUUCUUAGUAAAUGCCAUUUAUUUCAAAGGAAAGUGGGAAAAGAAAUUUCUGGAGAAAAAUACUUCUGAGAUGCCCUUCAGAUUAAACAAGAAUGAGACCAAGCCUGUGCAGAUGAUGUUCAAGAAGGAUAGAUUUAACAUGACCUAUAUUGGAGACUUGCAGACCAAAAUCCUUGAGCUGCCCUAUGUCGGUAAUGAACUCAGCAUGAUCAUCCUGCUCCCUGAUGCAAUCCAGGAUGGAUCCACGGGCUUGGAAAGACUGGAAAGAGAACUGACGUAUGAGAAGCUGAUAGAUUGGAUCAGUCCUGAAAUGAUGUAUUCUACAGAGGUGAGGGUGUCUUUACCCAGAUUUAAGCUGGAAGAAGAUUAUAAUCUGAAUCCCAUUCUGAGCUCCAUGGGAAUGCCUGAUGCAUUUGACUUGGGGAAGGCAGACUUCUCGGGAAUGUCAUCUGGCAAUGAGCUGGUGCUCUCUAAAGUGGUUCACAAGUCCUUUGUGGAAGUCAACGAAGAAGGCACUGAAGCAGCUGCUGCCACAGCGGCAGUAAUGAUGUUCCCAACCAGUGUAAGGAUCAUUCCGGAUUUCACUGCUGAUCAUCCCUUCCUCUUCUUCAUCCGGCACAACAAAUCUUCCAGCAUUUUGUUCUGUGGCAGGUUUUGCUCUCCCUGAAGAGGAGUUGUCUUGGCAGGAUAGGGGCCAUUACACAAUAAAGAUUUCUCUAGAAUAGGGUGACUCCUUUUGCACUAAUUGCCUCUUUGAGCUGUGCCUGAACCCUCUUCUGUGGUCUUGACCUGGGGCUUGGCAAGAAUAACAGAGCUGCAAGUGGCAUGUAAAACACCUCUCUCCCUGUGCACCUGUGUGGAGGUUCUUGCUGACAGAAGUAACAUCCCACUUGCUCAGCAAAGGCUUCUCCUGUCCUUGACUUGACUUUUAGUGUCCAUGAGGCCGAGUCGGGCACUGACAGCCCAGGAGAGAGCAGAAGUUACUUUUGCUUCUGACAAGGCUGGAGCAUGUUUUUAGCUGCACUCCCCUUUCUUCUUCCAGUCCCAUCCAUUUAGUGCCUUGAUCCAUUCCCUAGAGCUGAAAGGAGUCUUUGGCAGCCUGUUCCAGGUGUUACUGAGCACCCUGCCUAGAUGUUUUUUUUUUUUGUCUACUAACUGGACAAGGACUUGGUCAGGAAUGGGAAUGCAAGUAUGUUUUUGUCCCAGAUGUCCUUAUGGGGUGUUUGUGGGUUGAGAACCUUUGUUUCAUCACCAUAGGACACCUGGGUUUAUUACCUGUCUCCUGGUUCUAGUCCUUUAACAAAGAAUGU